CCAAAAGUGGCGAUAACGGCGCACUAUGUCUGAACCACCGCCUCUCAUGCGGACUGCGUCAGCGACAACGGUAGAACCAAAGUGGCUUCGGGAAGACUCUGCUGGAAGGGACGAGGAAUGGAGUCCGUCAGGGUGUGUGAGGAGGACCCAGAGCGGCUCCUCUCCCGUAGACAGUGGUUCCGAGAGCGUCUUUCAGCCAGUUGGCAAGGACGAGAUCAAGAUUGAAGUCCAUUCACCAAAGGUUGAGCGGCCGUCGUCUCCCUCGGCGUCGGACGACGAUCCUUUGUCAGACCGCGCUGCGCAGUCUCUAGUGAGGAAGGAAGUGUUCCGGUGUCGGUCGCCGUCACCGUCUGAGGACUUCAUCGGGUUCACUGAGGUGGACCGGGACAAUGCUUGUUACAUCUCCAAUGCAAAAAGGAGUCUGUUAUUGCGUGACCAGUCGGACAUUCGAGACUCUGCGGAAGUCUUUGCUGAAGGAGUGAGCAUCGACAGUCAACGUUUCGUCAUAAACUACCGGGACGUGGCUGGUCUCGAUGAUGGCAACAUAUUUUGUGACGUAUGCUGCCGUGAUUUGGACGGGGAAUGUCGUAUCCAUGGAGCUCUGAAGGUCAUAUCCGACACCAAGGCACGACCCGGUAUCGGAGAUUCCGAAAGGGAUGUCAAAACGCUGCCGCCUUCUCUUAGCUCGGCUCAGUCAAGAAAUCCAGUAUCUGGCACCGGAGUCUGGACUGAAAAGGAUGUUCCGGCGCGCCAAAGACUCGGUCCUUACGAGGGCACCCUGACCACCGAGCAGGCUCGGGCCCGAACGCCCGGGUACAAAUGGCAGAUCAGGAAGGGCCAACGCGUGCAUCACUUGGUGAAUACAGAAGACCCGAGCUGCAGCAACUGGCUCAGAAGGGUCAACUGUGCCCGCUCAGAGGAAGAACAAAACCUAGUGGCCUUCCAGUACCGG